GUCAAAGCCAUCUCUUUUUUCUCUUCCAAUUUUUAUGUAAAUAAGUUGUUUGAACUUUAGUUAGAAAGAUUUGUGAUUUACAUCAAGUUUGGAAUUUUUUGCUUUGCAUUGCAUUUGAUGAAAUUCUAUGGUUUGAUAUGAUUAUGUUCUUUGCUAGUUUCAUGCUUAACAAGCAAAAAUUAGUUUAUCUUUCCAUGAAAUUUAUCAUGUCAUGACUUAUUCUUUGAGCCCAUUCUGAAACUUACUGACUAAAUAAAGUUUGAAACCUUUGUUUUCUUGGGGAUUCCCUUUUCAUUCUUAUGCAUUAUAGGAAAUUCUAUAUCUUAGUAUGCUUUCCUUCUUUGUUAAUGUCAAGUUUCACUGCAAUAAUAUUUAUUACUCUCUCUAGUCCAUCAUAUUAAGUGAUUUGUUGAGGUAUGACACACCCCUAAGAAAAACAUUUACAUUUAGAGAUAAAUUAAAGUUUACUUUCCACUAUUAUCCUUUUAAUUAUUCACAAACUUUUCUACUAGAAAAUGCUCAUUAAAAGCAAUGGUAAAUAUGGAAAAAGUCCCAACAAUCCUCUUGAACAUUAGAAAAUUCACUUAUUUUGAACUAUGAAAAAAGUCUCAACAAUUUACUUAAUAUGGACUAGAGGGAGUAGUAUCUAGUAGUCUCAUGAAAAUUUUUGCAUAGAGAUUUCUCUGCUCUCAUUUUGAAAUUUUCUAAUUCUUGGUUAAAGUUUGAAUCUUUCUGAUAUACCGGGGAUUCUGUGGGAUUCGGUUCUGUUUAACACCCUAUUGAAUUACUACCUCCGUGUCAUAUCCAUUAAGGAAAAAAAAUUUUGGGUUUAUUUGAUCAAAUUAGCCUUAUCAAUUAUGCUUUGAAAAUAUAAAUUUAAAUUUAUACCUUUAUUUAGUCAUUAAUGAUAGGGAUAGUAUCGGUAGAAUAUAAUAAUAUUCUCUUGAUUUUAUAAAAGAGACAAAUAAAUUGAAACAAACAUUUUUAGAAAGAAGCAACUAAUAUGAAACAGAGGGAGUAGAUGAAAUCAUAUCUUAUAAGGUUGUCAUAUGUUUGAUUUUAUGUCUUAUGAUGUUUAGUCUUUUUCUUGAUCAGGUUUUUAGUUUUCGAGAUUGUUAUCUUUCUCAGAUAGAAAGAAGAAAGACUUUGAAGACUGUUACUGCUAGAACCUCUGUGGUCAUGUACACUACUUGAUGAUGGAAACUGAAGAUAAAACGCUGUUUUGUUUCUGUCAUUGGGGUAGGAACAAUAAGGUGCUUCCAGAUGGAUCCACUUCGUAUGUAGGAGGUAUUACUCGUCAGGUUAUUGCGAAGACAGGCAUAAAGUAUAAUGAUUUUGUGAAUGCAGUUUUUGACCGACUAAGCAUUGAUCCUUCAGAUAAGAUCUUGCAUUUUACUGUGAAGUUUGAUAGAUCUCAGUUGAUAGAGCUAAGCGACCAAGAAGAUGUCAAUACUCUUUUACAAUUUAAUGAUGGUUUCGCACAUGUUUAUGUAUCAAGUUUAAAGAAGGAGCAUUUUUCUAGACCCUCGUCAGUUGGCGCGAAAAAAGUUGAACCUGUUGUUUCUGAUUUAGAACCAGAUACUAAUCCUUUACGCAAUGAUAAUGAUUUGGCAAGUCCUCUGAAGAAUGCAUGGGCUCACCAGUCAGCUGGAGACAGUGAACCUCAGCAGAAAGAGGUUGUUGGCGGUGAUGAUCAAAAGCAUGUCUGUGUAGCUAGGUCAUGCAGUAAUUCCGGCGAAAAACUAGAUCCAAAAGGAGCAGGCCUCUCUGAAGGGGGUGGGCAAAAUGACAAUAUCAAGGUUAGAACAUCUAAAGAACAGGCUUCUAGACUGCCAUUAGGUGGUGCGGAAAAAGAUGAGCAUACUUUUGAUUCUGAUUCAGAAUCAGGUACUGCUCCCGAUAGUAAUCAUCCAGAGGUGUAUGAUUAUCCUGAUCCUGAAUUUAGUGUUUUCGACAAGCAUAAAGCACAAAAUUGCUUUGACACUGAUCAGAUCUGGGCUUGCUAUGAUGCAACUGAUGGUAUGCCAAGAUUCUAUGCGCAUAUUAGGAAGGUAUAUGGUCCUGAAUUUAGGGUGAUGUUCAGUUGGCUUGAGGCUCAUCCUGAAGAUCAGAGUGGCAGAGCUUGGAUCAGCGCAGAGUUGCCUGUUGGCUGUGGAAAAUUUAAACGUGGGAGUACUGAAUUCACCUCUGAUCGACUUACAUUUUCUCAUCAAGUGCAGUGUGAAAUGGACAAAAGAGUUCUGUACAUUGUAUAUCCGAGGAAAGGGGAAACAUGGGCUCUUUUCAAAGGUUGGGAUAUUAGUUGGAGCUCUGAUCCAGAAAAUCAUAGGAAGUACAAGUAUGAAAUUGUGGAGAUUAUUUCUGAUUAUGUUGAGGAUGUUGGUGUCCUAGUUUGUUAUUUAGAUAAACUGACCAAAUUUGUUAGUCUUUUCCAGCGAUCAAGGCCGGCUGGAGUUGGUACAUUCUUUAUAAAGCGAAAUGAACUCUACAAGUUCUCUCAUCGAAUUCCUUCUUUCAAAAUGAAUGGAACUGAAAGAGAGGGUGUACCUGCGGGAUCCUUUGAACUUGAUCCUGCUUCUUUACCCCUCAAUCCAGAUGAUAUUUGGUACCCUGGAAAAGUUACAGAAGACAGCAAGGCUGCAAAUUUUGAACCUGUAGAAGAUGUUCUGCCUGCAGUUUCUCGUGAAACUAGAGUAAAAUCCAGGAAAGCAACGACAUCUCUGAAGCCGGAGGAUCGCAUCCAUGCUACUGAUGGAGAGUCUUCUAAGGUUCAAAUACCUCCUAAAAUAAUGAACGUCUCUCAGAAAAAGCGAACUCAGAUGAGCUCUUGUUCUGCCAAUGAUGGUCCUUCCUCUGGUUAUGUCGAUAAUUGUGUUAAAAAAAGCCGCUACUCAAGUCCCCGCAUGCCAGUUCAUUUGUCAUGUCAAGCUGAUAGAGAGUUGCAUUCACGCACAAAGAGCUUUGGCCUCAGCAGCUCCUUUGGAAACUCCAAAAAUCUACCAACAUUUUCAGAUGAUAAAGGUUUUGAAGAAAUUUUUUGUGAUUUUGAGAUGGACAGAUCUAUGGGAAAGUUUCAAGAAAAUCAGGGCCUAAAAAUGCUGCUCAGUCAGCUUGUGGAACAUUCAAAGUCCAGAAUGAAAAACAUCAAGUCUAUGCUCCUAGCUCAUUCUCCCAUGUGGUGAAAGCAGUCUCUAUUAACAAGAAUAGGUUUGAGAUCUAUCCAAGAGAAGGAGAGAUUUGGGCACUGUACAAGAGCUUGAAAAAAUCAGGUUUGGAUCCAGACAAGUUUGAGUAUGAGAUAGUGGAAGUCAGCGACUAUUCAAAGGACCGGAUA